AAAGAAUUAGUCCUUUCCCUUAUGGAAUCCAGGUGGGGAAUGAAACAGAAAAUCUCACUUAAUCUGGAUCCACUUACUCCCCUGAGUUCAGAUGGUCACACUUCAUGUUCUCACAUUCCAAAAAGGAAGUGUUGACUCAAAGCCCCAGAGUGUUUUCAUGACCCAAACAACUCAGUUCAGCAAGCUUCUAUGUUCCGCAUGCCAGACACUUCUAGGGGUUGGGGAUAUAAAAGAAGAAUGAAAGGAGAAGCUUCUGUUCUCAGAGCUUACCUUGGACUGUGUGACCACAAGAUGUGUAGAGAUAAAGAAUACACCAUGAAUGCAACUUUGUAUUGUGUUCUGGCUCUGGGAUCCAGAGAGACCCAAGUCUGUUUCCAAGGGUGUGGUCAGAGGGUGGGGCUCCGGAGCAGGCCAGUUGGAGGUCUGUUUUAUAAGGCUGACAGUGCUCCUGUUGGAGGAAAACUCUCCAUGUUAUCCAUGAUGUUUUCCUGGAUCCCUGAGAGCCUCUCCAGGUUGUGGCUGUGGGCAGCUGGCCUGGUCCUCACGCUAUGCCUGUUCCAAUUGACCAGGCUUCUGGCCAGGAGGCAGAAGCUGCUUCAAGCCCUGGAUAGCUUCCCUGGGCCACCCACUCACUGGCUCUUUGGGCAUUCUAUGGAGAUCCGAGAUGGAGAAUUGGACAAGGUUUUGUCAUGGGCCAACACUUACUCCUGUGCACACCAGCUGUGGUUUGGGACUUUUCUCGGUUUCCUGAACAUAUAUGACCCUGAAUACAUCAAGGCUGUGCUCAGUCGUGGAGAUCCCAAAGCCUGGGACGUAUAUGGUUUCUUCCUACCAUGGAUUGGGAAGGGGUUACUGGUCUUGGAUGGGCCCAAGUGGUUCCAGCACCGGAAACUGCUUACUCCUGCCUUUCACUCCGAGGUCUUGAAGCCAUACAUGGAUCUGUUUGUUGAGUCUACCAAAACUAUGGUGGACAAAUGGGAUAAGAAGAUUCAGACAGACAAGUGUGUCAACAUCUUCAUGGAUGUAGGUCACAUGGCUCUGGACACUCUGACUAAAUGUAUCUUUGGAAGGAGCAGUGGGAACCAGACACAGAGUGACAUUAACUACCAUCGGGCCAUUGGGAAGCUCACCCUGUUGAUGCAAGAGAGAAUGGCGACUUUCCAUUAUCACAAUGACUUCUUCUACUAUUGGUUUACACUUCCUGGCCGGAAAUUCCUUCAAGCUUGCAAGGUUGCCCAUGACCACACUGACAAGGUGAUUAGGGAGAGGAAAGCGGCCCUGAAGGAGGAAGAGGAACAAGAGAAGAUUAAGGAGAAGAAACGCCUGGAUUUUCUAGACAUUCUUCUUGGGGCUGGAGAUGAUAGCAAGUCAGUCUUGUCAGAUGCAGACCUACGGGCUGAGGUGGACACAUUCAUGUUCGAGGGUCAUGACACCACCACUAGUGGCAUCUCCUGGUUCCUGUACUGCAUGGCCCUCUACCCAGAGCACCAGCAGCUUUGCCGGGAGGAGAUCCAGGGAAUCUUGGGAAAUCAUGACACCAUCCAAUGUCCACAUCUUUUCUGCCAGACUAACAAGAUAAUAUUAUCAAAAACUUUCCUGAAAAUAAGGGAAGACCUGGGGAAGUUGAACUACCUUACCAUGUGCAUCAAGGAGAGUUUCCGCCUAUAUCCCCCGGUGCCCCAAGUAUACCGCCAGUUGAACAAGCCAGUUACUUUCAUGGAUGGGAAGUCACUACCUGCAGGUAGCCUGGUGUCUCUCCACAUCUAUGCACUCCAUAGAAACCCAGCGGUGUGGGACAAGCCUGAGGUGUUUGACCCUCAGCGCUUCUCUCCAGAGAACUCCUCUACUCGUCAUCCUUAUGCAUUCGUGCCCUUCUCUGCUGGGCCUAGGAACUGUAUUGGGCAGCAGUUUGCCAUGAUGGAGAUGAAAGUGGUCAUAGCCCUCUGUCUCCUUCACUUUGAGUUCUCCCUAGAGCCCUCCAAGCCACCUAUCAAACGGCUUCAGCUCGUCCUGGGUUCGAAGAAUGGCAUCUACCUCAAUCUGAAGAAGUUGAUCUAGGAAGGAGAAGAGCCCAGAGCUCUGUCUUAUGCCUGAGUGGGAAAUGGGGUUGAGGGGGUGGUGCUGAAAUGGGUUUGCUGAUGCUGGUCGAACAUGAUCUUGGGUCCCUGGGAGCUUGGAGUCCACUACAGGAAUGGCGAGCGACACAAGCACUAGGAUGUUGAUUUUUCUCUCUCCUUGGACACACAUAUAUAGCUAGAUAGGCAAAAAUACCUUCUAAUAGAGGAACAAGCUAUAUCAUACCAUUUUGUAUCAGUUUGCAAGAACAAGUUUAUAGUUCAAACACUUCAUAUUAUAGGGGAAGAAACUGAGGCUCUGUCUUCCUUCAGAGCAUGGCUCAGAUGCCACCUCCUACAGGAAGCUUGUCUCAAUCUCCUCAACUAUUAGCACUUAUUCUUCCUCUUAAUAUUGUAUGAUUUUAUAUACACUUAGCGGUUACUUAUGUACAUUUUGUAUACCCUAGAACAGUGAGGGUUCUAUCCCCCUUUCCACUGUGCCUGAUGACAUUUUUUUCACAUCAUCCACCCCUCUGCCCAGCAGCCCAAUGGGAGUGCACAGGGGGGAAGGUGGGCAGCUCACAGGCAGCAGAGCUGGAGGGGAGCAGAGUGCUCAGGCUACUCCCCUCCUGCUCUCUACAUUUGCUUAGAACAUUCUUCAUAUUACUCACCCCUCUGCCCAGCAGCCCAAUGGGAGUGCUUUCUCCCUCCCCUGCGUGGGGUAAUGGGGAGUGUGGCAGGCAUGGCACUUGGUCUGGGGUGGGGGUUUGGGGGUAAGACCCAGAACUCCAUCUCUAAAAGGUUCACCAUCACUGCUCUAGAAGAAUGGAAGCUCCUUGAGGCUGAUUCAGUUUUGUCUUUAUACUUCCAGUACCUAGGACAGUGCCCAGUACCAAAGUAAGUUGGAUAGAAAAAAGUGUGAACAAAGGCAGAGAAGCUAGAGAAGAGUGGCUGUUUUCAGGAUGCAGAGAAUUCAGAUUGGCUGGAAUUUGGAGAACACCAUCUGCCUUUGUGGGAGGGGAGGGAAAAGAAUAGUAAUAAUGAUAACUAAAUUUAUAUAUCAUUUUAAUAUUUACAAUGUAUUUUAUAUACAUUAUCUCACCUGAGCCAUAUAACAACACUGUGUUGUAGGUGUUAUUAUUAGCUCCAUUUUAUAGAUAGGGAAACGGAGGCUGAAAGAGGUUAAGGGUCUUGUUUACGAUCACACAAAUAAUAGCUGUCAGAGAGAGAAUAUUUGAACUCAGGUCUUCCUGACUCUAUAAAGAAAGUCUGGUAUCAAAUUUUGGAAGUCCCUGAAUUCCAGGAAAGAGUUUGAAUUUUGUACAUAUGGUAAUAGAGAGCCACUGACAAUUUUUGAGCAAAGGACUCCUUCUUUGUCUUUUUUUUUAACCCCUACCUUCUAUCUUAGAAUCUAUACUAAGUAGUGAUUCCAAGGCAGAAAGCAGUAAAGGUUAGGCAAUUGGAGGUAAGUGACUUGCCCAGGGUAACAUAACUUGAAAGUGUCUGAGGCUAAAAUUGAAAGCACGUCCUCUCAACUCUAGGUCUGCUACCUCACUGUCUCAAAGGAUUAUAUAUUUUCCCCCAGACCUAUGCAUUAGAAAGAUUCUAUCUGUGAAGGAUGGAUGGUAGAAGGAGAGACAAUGGAGGUAGGAAGAAAGACUUGUUAGGAAGCUCUAACCAAUGGUUAUGAGGACUGGGCUAAGGCGGUGGCUAUGGGAAUUGUGAUGGGAGAGGAAUGUGAAGGCUGGGGAGGUAGAUUUGAUUGGAUUGGGAAAUUUGGUGGAUAUAAGUGAGAGUCAGGAGAAUUGAGGACCACAUCAGGGUUGACCAUUGAACAAUGGACUGAUAGGAGAAAUGAAGAAGUUAGCAAGAACAGGUUAUAGAGGAAAAAGAAUGAGCAUGGGCUAUCCAAGUGGCAAAGGACAGAUGUGAGAAGCUGGAAAAAAGUAAGAAUCAGUAUCAGAAACAGAGGAGGAGAGAUCAGUUAAGUGGGUUGUCUCUGAAGCUAAGGAAAGAGAUGAACUAAUGGGAAGCAGCCAGGUGGUGCCAUAGUUAAAGUGUUGGACAUGGAGUCAGGAAGACUUGGCUUCAAAUCCUGCUCUAGACACUUUACUAGCUCACCUUGAGCAAGUCAUUUCCUUGCUCUGAGUUUCCAGAUGUCAACCAGGGAUAACAGUAAUAAUAGUCCUAACGGGGCUCAUGAUGGUGAGGAUCAGAUGAGACAAUGCAUUUCCCAGGCCUUUUCAUAAGGAAGGAGCUUAAUAAAUGGUCAUCAUAAUUACAUUGUGAUCAGUUUUAGGAAGCCUUAUGCUCCUCCUGAUACACGCAAUCCGGGGAUGGGGACAGAUAAGCGGGUUCCAGAUUAUAUCUUUCUAAUACCCCAACCCUGUCUGUCCCACACUUCAUAGCAACUCAGCAAGAUAGCUUCUUUCUGCAUCACCUUUCUCCUUCCCUAUGUCACGGCGGUGGAGUGGGGUUUAAUUGAAUCAAUCAAUCAAAUUAUCACCUCAUCUAAAGUAAGUGGUAAAAUAAAAUGUGAUGCCUUUAUAACCUUUACCAGGUUAGAAGGAUCUCAAUUGAAUGCUGUUAAUUAGAUACAUUCCAAUCACGUGUGAAAAGGCCUUAGUCAAUUUGGAGGUCUCAGCUGAAUUUAGUGGUGGUGUACAGGGUGAUGCUGUAUAGAGAAUGUUGAUUGGCUCUGGAAACUUGGUUAUUUUGAUCAUUUAGUCAUGCCUGACUCUGUGAUCCCCAUCUGGGAUUUUCUUGGCAAAGAUCCCAGAGCGGUUUGCCAUGUCCUUCUCUGGUCAUUUUAUAGAUGAGGAAACUGAAGCAAAUAUAGGGUUAAGUGGAUUGCCCAGGGUCAUCCAGCUAGUAAAUGUCUGAAGCCAGAUUUGAACUCAGGAAGAUGAAUCUUCAUAACUCUAGGCACAGGGCUCUGUCUGCCAUGCCAAUUCCAUUUAUAAACUAUUGAACCACUUUGUGAUUGAGAAAGAUUCUGGCAGGGGAAAGGAGAAAGGAAUUUCCUCUUCUCCUUUACUCUUUCACCCCAUUGUCUAGAGGAGGACCUUUUGAACUCGGGAGGUCUAGAGGAAUUUCCACCUUCCCAUCUGUACCGUAGAAUACUUGGCAGAGUUGUCUGCAUCCGGAGCCAAGAUAGAUUCAAGGCUCCAUAAAGAGUCCAGAAGAAAAGCUAUGCUAUGUCUAAGAGGAACAUUUUGGGGACUAACAAAAAGAUUGUGAGUUACGACUUUGACAAUGUGCUCUUUAAGCUUGAGUCUACUUUUCCCUGACUCUGUAUGUCCACGUGGGAGAGUGUGUUAUAGACUUGUGGUGUCUUUUACACCUACUAUUCUUAGAGCAAAUGAAAUCUGGCUGACUAAAUACUAUGAUAAUCAAUAGGGAUAAACCACACUGGUGGGGGCUCAUGAUCUGUAAACUAUAGCAUUAGAAAAGAUACCUCCUCCCAAACCCUGAGGAUUUCCCCUAGACUCAGAGAAAAAGUAGCAGCUUUGCUCUAGGUUCAGUUCAUCAGUUCAAAUGGGUGUUAUGAUAGUUGCCUCAGAGAAUGUGUUAAAUAAAAAUGGCUCCUGGCUCUUUCCCACAAGAUCCUUCAAAGAUCAAGUCAUAAAGGACAUGAAAUGUAGAAAUAUGGGCAAAUUGGGGGCAGCUAGGUGACUCAGUCAAUAGGAAGGGAGGUCCUGGGUUCAAAUUUGACUUUAGAUACUUCGUAGCUGUGCAAUCGUGGGCAAGUCCCUUAUCCCCCAUUGCCUAGUCCUUACUGCUCUUCUGCCUUAGAAUUGAUUUUAAGGGUGAACCCCCCACCCCCAAGAAAUAUGGGUAAACCUAUUUCAAAGAUCAGUUUCCUUCCUGAAAGUCUCGAUUCUUUGUGGCCAUGGUCAAAAUCAGGUUACAUUCUGUAGCUACUGUCUGCAAAGUUUCAUUUGUACUCAACAGAGUUCCUCAGAUGCAAAAAAUUAUUGUUUCUACCUCUAUGACAUCUCUUACCUCUCUCCUUCCUUUUCCACUCAUUCAGCUGCCAUACUAGUUCAGGCCUCUGCGCUGACCAAGUAGAUCCAAGUGGCUGCUGGUGUUUGUCAGUCCCAUCUUCAUUUUAUGUGAAGACCAGACCUCCAGUCCUGCAAUUUUUAAAAAUAGAAAUAGGAAUUGUAACUUGAGGUGAUUUUUUCCAUGUGUGUAUGGGUGAAUCAUGAGAUUUAUUAAAUCUAUUAUGUUUUAAAGCUACUAAUAGUUUCAGAUCUGUAUUUUUAUAUAUGAACAUUUUUCCUAAACAAUUUUCAGUGAAAAUUCAGGUGGUAUCUUUGUAUGUCUAUUUUGAUCACUAAUGUUUCUCAACAAUCAAUGAGUCUGAGGUUAAGAAUUAAAUAACCCCGAAUCUCUACCCCAUUUGAUUAAGCAUUACUUGUCUAAUAAAUGAUAAAAUCUCUUCCCCCUGA